CAACAUGCUGGAUCUCUGUUUAGGGGUCAGUGCUCCAAAAUGAGUCUCUCUGGGGAGAGAGAGGAGGGUGGCCCUGCCUCUAAAAUGAGUCUUUCUGGGGAGAGAGAGGAGGGUGGCCCUGCCUCUAAAAUGAGUCUCUCUGGGGAGAGAGAGGAGGGUGGCUCUGCCUCUAAAAUGAGUCUCUCUGGGGAGAGAGAGGAUGGUGGCCCUGCCUCUAAAAUGAGUCUCUCUGGGGAACAUGACACCAAAACUAAGAGCCCAAUCAAGCAGGAGAGACCAGCCUCCCCUGUACCCAGCUGUGUGUCCAUGUCGAGUGACAAGUCUAUGGAUCUACCUAUACUGUUUAGAGAGGGAGAUUUUUCUCCAGAACAAAGAAACCAACAGGAGAGAUCAGAGUCAGAGAUUCUCAGUGGUCAGUCUUCCCAGAGUCAUCAAACAGACCUGGCCUCCAUAUUCAGUUUGCUUGAAGAGAAAAUUAUGACAUUUGUGAAGAACGAGCUGAAGAUGUUCAAGAGGAUUCUUAGUCCAGAACUCCCAGAAGGCGAGUUUGAGAGUCAGAAGCAGGAUAAGGAAGUGGUGGAUGCUGAAGAUGAGAAGCAGGAGAGCAGUGCCAGAGAGGGGGCUCUGAAGAUCACACUGCACGUCCUGAGGAAAAUGAACCAGAAGGACCUUGCUGACACACUGGAGAAAUAUGAGCUUGCUGUGAUUUGCCAACGUGAACUCAAAUCUAAUCUAAAGAAGAAGUUUCAAUGCGUAUUUGAGGGGAUCGCUCAACAAGGAAACCCAACACUUCUCAAUAAGAUCUACACAGAGCUCUACAUCACAGAGGGUGGAACAGGAGAGGUCAAUAAUGAACAUGAGCUGAGACAGAUUGAGACAACAACCAGGAAACAAGCAAGACCAGAGACUGCAAUCAAAUGUACCGACAUCUUCAAACCCUUAACUGGACAAGACAAACCUAUCAGAACUGUGCUGACAAAGGGAGUCGCUGGCAUUGGAAAAACAGUCUCUGUGCAGAAGUUCAUUCUGGACUGGGCUGAAGGAAAAGCAAAUCAGGAUGUCCAAUUUGUAUUUUCAUUCCCUUUUCGGGAGCUGAAUUUUAUUAAAGGGGAAGAACACACUUUGAUUGAACUUCUCAAUCACUUCUCAAUGGAAACCAAACAAUCAAGAAUCUCCAACUACGACAAGUACAAAGUUCUGUUCAUCUUUGAUGGUCUGGAUGAGUGCCGACUGCCCCUAGACUUCCAGAAGAACAAGAUCUGUUGUGACGUCACAGAGUCAACCUCAGUGGAUGUUCUGCUGACAAAUCUCAUCAAGGGAAAUCUGCUUGCCUCUGCUCUCCUCUGGAUAACUACCCGACCUGCAGCAGCCAAUAAGAUACCUUCAGGGUGUGUUGACCAGGUGACAGAGGUACGAGGCUUCAAUGACCCACAGAAGGAGGAGUACUUCAGGAAGAGAUUCAGUGAUGAGGACCUGGCCAGCAGAAUCAUCUCACACAUAAAGACAUCAAGGAGCCUCCACAUCAUGUGCCACAUUCCAGUCUUCUGUUGGAUUUCUGCAACUGUCCUUGAACACAUGCUGAAACAUAAGAGAGAAGAGAUGCCCAAGAGUCUGACUGAGAUGUACACACACCUUGUGGUGUUUCAUACCAAACAGAAGAAUGAAAAGUAUAUUGGGAAAGAAGAGACUGGUCCACACUGGAAUAAAGAGAGCAUUCUGUCACUGGGAAAACUGGCUUUUCAACAGCUUGUGAAGGGCAAUCUGAUUUUCUAUGAAGAAGACCUGAAAGAUUCUGGCAUUGAUGUCAAUGACGCCUCAGUGUACUCAGGAUUGUGCACACAGCUCUUUAAAGAGGAAUGUGGGCAGUACCAGGACAAGGUGUACUGCUUUGUUCAUCUGAGCAUUCAGGAGUUUCUGGCUGCUCUAUAUGUGUUCCUCUCAUUCAUCAACAACAAUGAGAAUCUAAUGGACGAACCUCAAUCAAUGUUCAGAUACUUUUCGUUGCUCUUCAGAGACAAGCCUGAAGUUACUUUCUACAAGAGUGCUGUGGAUAAAUCCUUACAAAGUGAGACAGGAAACCUGGACCUGUUCCUCCGCUUCCUUCUGGGCCUCUCACUGGAGUCCAAUCAGAAGCACUUACGAGGUCUACUGACAAAGACAAGAAGCAGCUCACAGAGCCAUGACGAAACAGUGAAGUACAUCAAGGAGAAGAUCAGGAAGAAUCCCUCUUCAGAGAGGAGCAUCAAUCUGUUCCACUGUCUGAAUGAACUGAAUGACCAUUCUCUAGUGGAGGAGAUCCAAAGAUACCUGAGAUCAGGAAGUCUCUCAAAACCCAAACUGUCACCUGCACAGUGGUCAGCUCUGGUCUUUGUGUUGCUGACUUCAGAAAAUGAGCUGGAUGUGUUUGACCUGAAGAAAUACUCCAGAUCAGAGGAAGGUCUUCUGAGGCUGCUGCCAGUGGUCAAAGCCUCCAGAGCUGUUCUGCUGUCAGGCUGUGGAGUCACAGAGGAAGGCUGUGCUUCUCUGGUCUCAGCUCUGAGGUCAAACCCCUCACACCUGAGAGAGCUGGAUCUGAGUAACAAUGAUUUGAAGGAUUCAGGAGUGAAGCUGCUCUCUGCUGGACUGGGGAAUCCCCACUGUAAACUGGAGACUCUGAGGCUGUCAGGCUGUCUAGUCACAGAGGAAGGCUGUGCUUCUCUGGUCUCAGCUCUGAGGUCAAACCCCUCACACCUGAGAGAGCUGGAUCUGAGCUACAAUCACCCAGGAGACUCAGGAGUCAGACUGCUCUCUGCUGAACUGGAGGAUCCACACUGCAGACUGGAGAAACUCAAGUUGUCAGGCUGUCUAGUCACAGAGGAAGGCUGUGCUUCUCUGGUCUCAGCUCUGAGUUCAAACCCCUCACACCUGAGAGAGCUGGAUCUGAGUAACAAUGACCUGAAGGAUUCAGGAGUGAAGCUGCUCUCUGCUGGACUGGGGAAUCCCCACUGUAAACUGGAGACUCUGAGGCUGUCAGGCUGUCUAGUCACAGAGGAAGGCUGUGCUUCUCUGGCCUCAGCUCUGAGGUCAAACCCCUCACACCUGAGAGAGCUGGACCUGAGCUACAAUCACCCAGGAGACUCAGGAGUCAGACUGCUCUCUGCUGGACUGGAGGAUCCACACUGCAGACUGGAGAAACUCAAUGUGGAACAUGGUGGAGAGAACACAAUGAAACCUGGGCUUAGAAAAUAUGUCUGUGAUCUCACACUGGACCCAAACACAGUAAACAGACUCCUCUCUCUGUCUGAGGAGAACAGAAAGGUGACAUGUAGGACAGAGGAGCAGCCGUAUCCUGAUCACCCAGAGAGAUUUGAGGUCUGGGAACAGGUGCUGUGUAGAGAGGGUCUGACUGGGCGCUGUUACUGGGAGGUAGAGUGGAGUGGGAGGAUUAAUAUAGGAGUGACAUAUAAAGGAAUCAACAGGAAAGGAGAGGGUAAUGACUGUUUUCUUGGAUACAAUGACAAGUCCUGGUGUCUGUUCUGCACUGACAACUGUUACACUGCCAGUCACAAGAAUAAUCACAUAGACGUCCCCUCCUCCAUAUCCCACAGAGUAGGAGUGUAUCUGGACUGGCCAGCCGGCACUCUGUCCUUCUAUAGAGUCUCCUCUGACACACUGACCCACCUGUACACAUUCACCUCCAAAUUCACUGAGCCCCUCUAUCCAGGGUUUAGGGUUUAUCAUGAAGACUCCUCAGUGUCCCUGGAAAUAAUAACCUGACACACACACACACACACACACACACACACACACACACACACACACACACACACACACACACACACACACACACACACACACACACACACACACACACACACACACACACACACUGGACUCACACACAUUGACACACACACACACACACACACACACACACACUAGAAACACAACACAUACACACAGACAAACACACACACAUUGGACUCACUCACAUUGACAGACACACACACACACACACACACACUGGACUCACAUACAUUGACACACACACACUGACACACACACACACACACACACACACACACACACACACACACACACACACACACACACACACACACACACACACACACACACACACACUGGACACACACACACACACACACACUGGACACAAUCACACACAGGUUAAACUAACAAUCCCAACUAAAUAACUACAUAGAGAAGGAUGUGAGAGAAGAAUGUGCAAUGCUGACAUCAAGGCAGAAUCAAUCUGUAUGGAAUCUAACCCCAACAAUCUGUAUGGAAUCUAACCCCAACAAUCUGUAUGGAAUCUAACCCCAACAAUCUGUAUGGAAUCUAACCCCAACAAUCUGUAUGGAAUCUAACCACAACAAUCUGUAUGGAAUCUAACCCCAACAAUCUGUAUGGAAUCUAACCCCAACAAUCUGUAUGGAAUCUAACCCCAACAAUCUGUAUGGAAUCUAACCCCAACAAUCUGUAUGGAAUCUAACCCCAACAAUCUGUAUGGAAUCUAACCCCAACAAUCUGUAUGGAAUCUAACCCCAACAAUCUGUAUGGAAUCUAACCCCAACAAUCUGUAUGGAAUCUGACCCCAACAAUAUGUAUGGAAUCUAACCCCGACAAUCUGUAUGGAAUCAAACCCCGACAAUCUGUAUGGAAUCAAACCCCGACAAUCUGUAUGGAAUCUAACCCCGACAAUCUGUAUGGAAUCUAACCACGACAAUCUGUAUGGAAUCUAACCCCAACAAUCUGUAUGGAAUCUAACCCCAACAAUCUGUAUGGAAUCUAACCCCAACAAUCUGUAUGGAAUCUAACCCCAACAAUCUGUAUGGAAUCUAACCCCAACAAUCUGUAUGGAAUCAAACCCCAACAAUCUGUAUGGAAUCUAACCCCAUCAAUCUGUUUGGAAUCUAACCCCAACAAUCUGUAUGGAAUCUAACCCCAACAAUCUGUAUGGAAUCUAACCCCAACAAUCAGAAUGGAAUCUAACCCCAACAAUCUGUUUGGAAUCUAACGCCAACAAUCUGUAUGGAAUCUAAGCCCAACAAUCUGUUUGGAAUCUAACCCCAACAAUCUGUAUGGAAUCUAACCCCAACAAUCUGUAUGUAAUCUAACCCCAACAAUCUGUAUGGAAUCUAACCCCAACAAUCUGUAUGGAAUCUAACGCCAACAAUCUGUAUGGAAUCUAAGCCCAACCAUCUGUUUGGAAUCUAACCCCAACCAUCUGUAUGGAAUCUAACCCCAACAAUCUGUAUGGAAUCUAACCCCAACAAUCUGUAUGGAAUCUAACCCCAACAAUCUGUAUGGAAUCUAACCCCAACAAUCUGUAUGGAAUCUAACCCCAACAAUCUGUAUGGAAUCUAACCCCAACAAUCUGUAUGGAAUCUAACCCCAACAAUCUGUUUGGAAUCUAACCCCAACAAUCUGUAUGGAAUCUAACCCCAACAAUCUGUAUGGAAUCUAACCCCAACAAUCUGUAUGGAAUCUAACCCCAACAAUCUGUAUGGAAUCUAACGCCAACAAUCUGUAUGGAAUCUGACCCCAACAAUCUGUAUGGAAUCUAACCCCAACAAUCUGUAUGGAUUCUAACCCCAACAAUCUGUAUGGAAUCUAAGCCCAACAAUCUGUAUGGAAUCUAACCCCAACAAUCUGUAUGGAAUCUAACCCCAACAAUCUGUAUGGAAUCUAACCCCAACAAUCUGUAUGGAAUCUAACCCCAACAAUCUGUAUGGAAUCUAACCCCAACAAUCUGUACGGAAUCUAACCCCAACAAUCUGUAUGGAAUCUAACCCCAACAAUCUGUAUGGAAUCUAACGCCAACAAUCUGUAUGGAAUCUAACCCCAACAAUCUGUAUGGAAUCUAACCCCAACAAUCUGUAUGGAAUCUAACGCCAACAAUCUGUAUGGAAUCUAACCCCAACAAUCUGUAUGGAAUCUAACCCCAACAAUCUGUUUGGAAUCUAACGCCAACAAUCUGUUUGCGAUGUGAACCUUCUAAUAAAAGCAAUACUUAUUAAAUCAAGUUCCCUCCCUCAAGAAAAACAA